AUGCACACACUAGAGUUAGUUGGUUGGGAUAAUUUCCUUUGGAAGCUGGUGAAACUGUACGAUGAAAACAAGAGCUGUUACAUUCUGAAGAAAGCGGAUUUCUACAUUCCUUUAUUUGCCUGCAUGAUCAAUAACUUGAACCAAAGCAUAAGCACAAUUGACAACUACGCCAUCGGUGACGCUAUACAAUUCAUGGUUUCGACUAGUGGGAAGGUCAUUCAUGGUAAAAAUCGAGGGCUGGGGUGGAGAUCGAGGCAGGUUGGGGGUUACCUUAGUGAUGCCUCAGUUCAACAGUUAUCACGGGAUAUGACGAGCAUCAACUUCCAAAAUACUCGAGAUGAAAGCUCAUCCUCACCAGGUAAUCCACCACUUAUUUCUGAUGACAGUGUGGAGAAGGAAUCCACUCUAGAUUUCAGUGAACGGCAUGGGCGAGGUUUUAGGCUCAUGCCUCAGCCUUCUCCAGACAUACCUACAUCUUCUAAAGAUUUGGCGGGAGGGUGGACCAAAUAA